GCACACUGGAAACAAAGCAGACAAGUGUUAGGAAAUGGCCCACGUGUACCAAGAAUUUGGCAGGUCUCAGUGAAGGUUCCAGUGCAACAGGGCCCAUGUAGUGGAGAGAGAUCUUCCCUCCCACCCCUAGUAUUGUGACGUCUAGGGCAGGACAGCAGUAUAUUGUUAAGAGGAGCCCAAGGGAAGUACAUGCUGCCUCUGUCUGCAAUUACCUCUUCUGGGGUCUUUAGCCUAUAGUGCUAGUAUGCUGGCACCUUUCAGCAGCACUCAAGUCAUGUGGGAAGAAAAAGUAAUAUUUCCCCCACCAAAACAUAAUAUACUUAAUCCCAUCCUAGUGCCUAUGACAGCAGAAGAGAAAGUCCCCAGGCCUGCAACUGGCUCCAUAUAGGUAUACCCCUUGCCCCCAUGCAGAGCUUCACUGACUGGAAGGUAGGAACAAAAUCAGUAGGACUGAGUAAGAAGCAGGAGGGAAGGGAAAAGCAUCACACAGAAGCAGCCCCUUCCCCCAAAACACAUCUUCCUCUGUGACUGACUGGUCAUUAUUAGCUCUCUGCAGAACUUCCUCCCCCCAGCAUGCCUUGGGGGAUUGACCCUUUAAAUUGGGCAGAGUCAAACAGCUGCAGCCCUAAGAUGGCUGUUUUGGAAUGGGCUCCUGCUGGCUGCAUCUCACUUUCUUCCAGCAGGCGAGUCCUCAGAAGUAUGGAAUCUCCCCCCCAGCCCAUUGUAUGGACAUGUUUCAUUCUCCUGGCUUUGCCACGACUCCUGGAUGCACAGGGGUCCUGUUCCUAUGGUGCCUGCUACCCACCUGUGGGAGACUUGCUGGUAGGAAGAAUCCAUCACUUGAAAGCCUCAUCGACAUGUGGCCUUGUGAAGCCUGAGACCUACUGCACAUCGUAUGAGAAAUGGAGGAUGAAAUGCUGCCGAUGCGAUUCCCGACUGCCUCAUGCUUACAACAGUCACCGGGUGGAGAACGUGCUUUCCUCCAAAGGACACAUGCGCUGGUGGCAGUCCCAGAAUGAUGUGAACCAGGUCUCCUUGCAGCUGGAUCUCGACAAAAAGUUCCAGCUCAGCAGCAUCUUGCUGGACUUCAGGGCACCUCUGCCUGUGGGGAUGCUUAUUGAGCGCUCCACCGACUUUGGCGAGACCUGGACGAUCUAUCAGUACCUGGCCUCUGACUGCGCCGCCACCUUUCCACGGAUCCCCCAAGGCUCCCCCCAGAGCUGGCAGGACGUGCGCUGUCAGGAACUGCAGAGCCAUCAGGGGCACCCUCUACAUGGGGGGAAGAUCAAAUUCAACCCCUUUGACUUGGCAUCUGGCAUCACCACAACUCACAGCCAAAGCAUCAAUAACCUGGGAGAAUUCACCAACCUGAGAGUUAACUUUACCCAGCUACCUCGCCUCCCACAGCAGGGCUACCGCUCACCCAGUGCCUUCUAUGCUGUGACCAAAAUGCAAGUGCAGGGAAGCUGCUUCUGCCAUGGACACGCAGACCGCUGUACUCCCUCCAGAGACCCAAAUGCCGUGAUGCAGGUUCAUGGACACUGUGUGUGUCAGCACAAUACCGCCGGCCCACACUGUGAUCGCUGUGCAGCUUUCUACAAUGACCAGCCUUGGAGACCGGCAGAGGACCGCAACCCCAAUGAAUGCCGGAGGUGCAAUUGCAACGGUCACUCGGAAACGUGCCAUUUUGACCCAGCUGCAUACCAAGCCAGCAGUGGGGUGAGUGGAGGUGUGUGCGACGACUGUCAGCACAACACAGCGGGGAGGAACUGCGAAAGCUGCAAGGCCUACUUUUUCCGCAACCAGCGGCAAGAUGUCACCCAUCUGGAAGCCUGUCUGCCUUGCGAGUGUGACCCGGAUGGCAUGGUGCCUGGGUCUAGCUGUGACCCUCUGACCGGACGCUGCGUUUGCAAGGAGAACGUGCAAGGGGACCGCUGCCAUCUCUGCAAGCCUGGAUUCACCCGGCUCACCAAUGCCAACCCCCUGGGAUGCCACAAAUGUGCCUGCAGCAUCUUGGGGACCCGCCAGGACGCACCCUGCGACGACGAAACAGGGAGGUGCUUCUGCCUGCCCAAUGUGGUGGGAGCCAAUUGUGAUCAGUGCUCUGCCAACCACUGGAAGAUCGCCAGUGGCCAAGGCUGUCAGCCGUGCAACUGCGACCCUCGCAACUCCUUCAGCUCCCAGUGUAACCAGUUCACAGGGCAGUGUCAGUGCUGGGAAGGCUUUGUGGGGCGUACCUGCUCCGCUGCCCAGCUGCGGGUUUGUCCAGAUGGGUCCUACGGUGACGUCAGGACAGGAUGCAGAGAGUGCGACUGCAGUUUUCAGGGCACAGAGGGGAUGGGGUGUGACAAGACCACAGGCAACUGUCUCUGCCGCCCUGGCUUUACCGGGCCUCGCUGCGACCAGUGCCAGCGGGGUUACUGCAGCAACUACCCCCACUGCGAGACGUGCCACCCCUGCUUUCAGGCCUACGACAGUGACAUUCGCCAGUUCAGCCUGCGCCAAGUCAGUCUGAGAAACUCCACUUCACGACUGCAGCUGGGAACGGGGGGUGCUGGCUUCAGCACUCGCGUCUUGGAAGCGGAAGGCAAUGUUCAGCAGAUCCAGGGGAUCCUCGGCAACCCCCUAGUGACGCAGCAGGGCCUGGCUCAGGUGCCCAGCAUGCUCACUGCAAUCAGACAGCAGGUCCAGGGCAUAAAUCCUGACCUACCCUUUGUGAAUGACACCUUCUCUCUAGCCAGUGAUCUUGAAGCCCUGGACAAGAGCCUGCUUUUCAUUAACGGGCAGUACCAGAUUAAGAAGACCCAGUUUGAAGCCAGCCGCCACACAGACCUUUCAGGAGCCUUCAAGACUGUCAGCUCUGCGUACCAAAGCUCCACCAACGCCAGCUACCGCAUAACGGGCACUUCCAGCCUGCUGGCUCGAUCCAGAGAGAACCGGAGAACGACUGAGGGGCUGGAAAGCAGCUUUACAGACCACCCCUCCAUGCUGGAGGCCCUCCAGGGCGAGAUGGCCUCCUCCCCCAACUUGACGCCAACUAUAAAUAAGAUUUGCAGUGGCGUCAGAUCCAAGGCCUGUACCCCUGGGCACUGUGAUGGGGAGCUGUGUCCACAGGACAACACAACGGGGUGCGGAACAGGCCCCAGCUGCAGAGGGAUCAUUCCGCUGUCAAGUGGCGCAGUCAGAACUGCUGAGAAGACCACCAGGGAGCUCCAUGGCUUAAACACUCAGCUCCAGCGAACCAUGCAGAUGAUCAGGGCAGCAGAAACAGUUGCAAACCAAAUCCAAAGCAAUGCACGACGUCUCGGGGACCAAGUGAGUGUAACCAGGACCCAGAUAGAAGGAGACGUCCGACGCAUCCAGCAAUUCAUCCAGCAAGUCCGCAACUUCCUGUCAGACCCAGCCACCGACCCUGCCACCAUCCAGGAGGUCAGCAACUAUGUGCUCUCGCUCCACCUCCCAACGGACACUGCUGCUGUUCUGAGGAAAAUGACUGAGAUUCGAACCCUGGCUGCUAAGCUGCAGUGUCCUGAGAGCAUCCUCACCCAAACAGCUGGUGAUAUCGCUAAGGCCAAGAGGCUUCAGCAAGAGGCUGAACAGGCAAGGAACCGAGCAAAUGCUGUAGAGGGCAACGUAGAAGAAGUGGUGGAGAAUUUGAGACAAGCAAACACAGAGCUCCAGGAAGCCCAGGAUGCUAUCAGUGGCUCCAGCUAUUCCCUUCAGCUCAUCCAACUCCGCAUUGAUGAGAUCCAGGCUGUCCUUGGUCCAACAGAGAAGAGUAUGAGAGACAUUACUGAUCAGCUGGACAACUUCACUGAGAGAAUCAGCCAACUGCGGCACAGGGCGGAGCAGAAUCGUUUGCAGGCCACAGAUGCUCAGCAGAGAGCAAAAGAAGCAAGUGAGCAAGCAAGGAGCACUCAGCAGGGAUUUGAACGGCUAAAACAAAAAUAUGAUGAGCUGAAGAAGCGGAUGGGACAGAGUUCGACACUGGGAGCGCAGGGCAACAGGAUCCAAAGUAUCGACAGGGAGGCAAAAGCGCUCUUUGAAGAAACCUGGGCUAUGAUGCUCAGGAUGGAAAGUACAGAAAUGGAAAUUCAGAAAAGCAACAAUGCAUUAAUCAUCAAGUCAGCCAGCCUUGCAGGCCUGGAGGAGCAAGUGGAAAAGAUCAGCAGUCAUAUCCAUGAAAGAAUCACCUACUACACCAGUUGCUAAUCAAUCAAUGAGCUGCUGGGACUCCAUCUUGCCCUGUAAUUGCAGAGUCUGCCUUCUGUUCAAACACUGACAGGGGUAGUUAGUCCCCUCUCAUAGAAUUUUCUUGUUCUCACACUUAGUGUCUUUGAUAACAGAACUACUGUAGCUUUAGCAAAUGCUAGCAUGGCGCCAAAAAGGACAAAUGGCUCUGGAGAGAAUGAAUGUUAUAUAGCCUGGCUGAAGCAACCCUGGGGGGCUCUAGGAAAGGGGGAAGAUAAAGCUAAUGUUAGUAACUAAUGAAAAAAGCCUUUUGGAAGGAGUUAUUUCUGCAUGAGGUUUGUUAAUGUGACAGGGGAUAUUUGUUUUAGCACCUGGAUUUUACCUUUUGAAUGAAAAAGAGACCAGAGUUGAGGUUUAUAACUUUUCUGGUAUAGUGCAUUUAGUUCUUCUAAGGGAGUCAUAAGAGGAGCAGAACUAAGACCACAGAUAAAUAUAAGACCAGUCCGAGGAGUGGAUAACUGAACAAACACAGAGCCAUAUUUAUACAAAAUGUAAGAGCAGUAGUGCUCUCAGGUGGAGUUAGAUACCAUGCCGUUGGACUUUGAAAAUAAGCAGGUGCUGAUAGACAAUAUGUUGCAAACUGAAGACUGUAGGAAACAAGUCUGCAUUUGCAGUGGGAGGUUUAAGAGAGCACUUUGUCUAACCACCAGGCACUUUACAAAAUAAAAGUCAGCUUUAUUAAGCUUAAGGUUUAUUACACAGUUACAGAUGUGGAAGCAGGGAAUUCAGACCUCACCUUUGAUCAGACAGGUGGAGGAUGGUAGCAGGUUCUCUCUUUUCUCAGCUUGAGGAAAACUGCACACCCAAGAGAGGCAAUUGAUAUUGGACUUCAACAUGCUGGAGCUCAGGAGUAAGCAGCAAACCUAGGAGAAGUAUAGACUUAACAAAUACCAUUGGCUUUGCUUUAAAAGAAUUAUACUGUGCAGCACGUUUGUUACACAUUGAACAACUACACAAUCUAUACAAAGAACCAAGACACAGCCUUGUGCAAUGCUGUAUGUGUCAUAUAGAUGGAAGGUGCAAGCAGAAGCCUCAUGUGCUUACACCUCCCUUCUCUCAAGCAACUGCUCCAUGUUCUCGUGAGCCAGAUACUCUUCAAGGUUGUUGCUUUGAAGGGUUACUUAGGAGUAAAAAGUGUGCAGCUCUCCAACACAUGGCUGCUCUCCUCAGAGAAAAUGGCUCCCUGUCUGCUUCUGCCAGGAUUCAGUAUCCUCUCCUCGUGCUAGUGCUGUCUGGCUGUGAAGUGCAGAAAUCAGCCCUUCUGGAAUGGGAGAGAGUUCAAUGUCACUGUUAGAAUUGUUUCAGUGGACAGUUCCUGUAGCACAUGUUCCUUUAACUUACAGCACCAGGGCUAGCUUGGUUCCAUUAAUCUGUAGCUUAAAGGAUUACUAAGUGAUUAAUCAAUUGGAAUAGACUCCAACAGGUUGAUAACCUUCUGCUGAUGUGCAUAAAGCUACUGGUAACAUAUUGCUCAUGUCUGUAUAUCUAUUAACCUUUUAUAGAGAAUUUGGAACUGUACUAUAAAGCAAGACUGACUUCUCCUCCCAA